AUGGAACCGGCACACGAUCACACCAUUUACAUCGAUAACCAAGACUGGGACGAAGCAUAUAAGUUAGGCCUUGCAAUCUACAAAAAUUCACUAAAAGGAAAGCCAACGAAGAGAAAUGAUUUGAAUGUCUUUGAAAAGAUAAUUGUCGAUCAGAAUAGCAAGUUUUUCGCGUUCAAUUUUUUAACUGAUGUCGUGUCGAUUAUUCCUCGAUCAGUAACUGCUACUAUCGUUAUUCCAAGACAAAUGAGAGAAAUGGGAGCUAUCGAUCUGGAUUGGUUGAUCAAAAGUCAGCCACCAUUAAAUGGAAAAUUCAAGAUGACUCCUUUGUUAUUCCUCCCACCCCAUAGUUUAUUAAUUGCAACUGCCGUAUCCACACAAAUGUUAAUGCAUAAGGUUGAAAAUACAAGCCUGGUGAAUGCCACAUUAAAUGACGUUUCGCCGGGAUGUGAAAUGAUUUACAAAAAUAACCAAGGAUUGCUGCGACGCGUUAUUAUGAUCAGCCAGCAGCCAGGAAAAAUCGGACGAUAUCAAGCGUUGAUCUUGGAUAAAAUGGCGACCCGUAUUGUGAGCAUCAAAAAUCUUUUCUUGACAAAUUCCAAUUUCUCAAUUGUCAACAACAACCCUGGAUUUUAUGUGUGCAAUAUCAAAAAGAUCAAAUCGAUCAAAGAAAAGUAUUACGUAUACUAUAAACAACUGAUUGAGAAAUUUCGCGAAACACUUAAGACCAAAGAUGCGGAGGUGUUUGGAAAAACUGCGGACGGCCGAUAUAUGAUUGAUUUUCCAUCGUUUACCUCCGACAUGCUCUCCGAAUCGCAACAAAUUCAAUUGUCGCAACAUCAUCACAGCUUGAUCGAUUACGAAAUUCCGUCGGACUCCGAAGAGAUCAUUGCCGGAAACUUGUCGUCGAGCGGACUUCUUGGCUCGAACUCUCCAGUUAUCGCAAACUCGAGUUUUGACAAGUUGAACAAUUCGUCUUCACGUAAUUUGCCGAAUGGAGGAAGUGCUGACAAUCGCUCAGACACCGGAAUUUCCAAUAGAAAUAUCGCAAAAAAUGUUGAGACGCGAAAUUCAUCCGAACGAAGUAGCUCAAAAAAUGAUUCAUCGACGUCUACUCGCCCGAAAUUUGCUCGCCAAUUGGCUGAAGUGACCACUGUGGAAUUGUCGAAGACAAAAACUCCGAGUCCAGCGAUGACGCCGAAUUCAACACCGGUGCAAACGCGUCACGCGAGUCCGCAGCAACAAGCAGGAAAGAUUGGAAAACCCGAGAAUGAAAAUGAUAUGCGCACAUUGGAAGUGUCGUUUAAUCGAAUUCCGAAUCAGAUCGACAGUGAACCUCAAAAUGUUACAUCGAACGCGACUUCUUCUAUGGCAACUCAAUUUGUCGAGAAAAACGAGGAAAAUCGAACGCAUGGAACCGAUGAGUUGGCCAGUUUUUUGAGAAAGGAGAUUAUCGAGUCAAUUGAAACCUCGGAUUAUCUUAAAUAUCACAAAAAUCUUCUUGUUAUGUAUUCGCUUUUGCCAAAUGAUGAAAAUUUUUGGAAAUGUCAUAUUGAUUGGGCCCACAAACAUUUUGCAGUUACCAAAUUUCCCACUUACUUCGAUGCUCCUGAAUUCUAA